AAAAUACAAAGAAGAAAGGAAAUAAUAGAAAAGAAGAAAAUGCGGCCAACCACGGGGAAAGCUCAAGGCACAAACAACAACGACAGCAACAACAACAAGGAGGAAACUCAUCGCGUAUACCCGCCAUCGUGAAGGACUGCACGUUCACCGAAGCGGGCCAUUUCCACCGCAGUCUUCAAAUCAAAUACCAGAUGGGGGUUGCUUCAGACACUGGAAUGGAAAAAGGAGAAGAAACAGUGGUUGUAGUGACAGAUGAGACAGAGGAGAGAAAAGAAGAAGAUGGAGGGGAAGAAGAGAAAAAGAAAGAAGCAGGGGAAGAAUCGUCUGAGAAAGAGGUGAAGAUUUCGAGAUUACAAGCUUCAAAUCCAGUUCCUCCCAUCCAAAUCCAAACUCCCUCUCCUGCCCAAACCAGAACCCUCUUCUCCGAACCUCCUCUCCAAACCCCACAGCAACAACCCUCAUUGGCUUCUUUGAAUUCAACAGAGUACACCAACCGCAUAUCUCUCUUCCUCUUCCUCUUCCACAUGACCAUCGCGAUCACAGCCGUCUGUUUCCUCAUCUUCAAAGCAAUUCAAGGCCUUCUACGCAAUGGCAGUACACAGACGAAGGAGAAGGAAGUGCUGGAAUUUUGGUUGCCUCAGAUAGAAGGGUCCGCCAUCAUAAGCAUAAUCCUUGCUUGGGCAUGGCAGAAGGCCUUUCGGGAGUGGCCCGAAAUCAUGGUCCGCAUCAUACUCUGGAGCAGCUUUGUAUUUUCACUCUCUGCUGGGAUCCUCCUCCUCUGCUUCUCCAUGGCCCCCACUGAUGGAGUCGGUGUGGCCCUCAUCGCCUUCGCGGUCGGCAAUGGCCUCUAUGCUUGCUGGGUCACACAGCGGAUCCACUUCACUGCCAAAGUCAUAUCAGUAUCACUCAAACCUGUCGCCAAAUUCUCCGAUCUCAAUCAACCCACUUUCUGGAUGCUUGGGGUGGGGUUUAUGUGGAUGUCAUUGUGGAACUUUGCAGUGAUCGGGGCCCUUAAUUUCUAUGUCCCGCCGUUGAUCAUCAUCGGUUUAUUGCUCAGCCUGGCUUGGGUGACUGAGGUGAUGAGGAAUGUUGUGAAUCUGACGGUUUGUCGGGUGGUUUCUCUCUAUUACCUGAGGGGAAUGCAAGCGGAGACACAGUUCUGUUUUCAGCGGGCCAUGUCUCAGAAUCUUGGGAGCGCUUGUCUUGGGUCAUUGUUCGUUCCAGCGAUCGAAGCUCUGAGGAUCGUUGCGAGGGUGCUGAAUUUGCUCAAGGGAGAGGAUGAAUUCAUGUUUUCCUGCGCUCAUUGCUGCCUGAAAGUGAUGGAGGCGAUCUUCCGCUACGGCAAUGGCUGGGCAUUCGUUCAUAUAGCGGCGUAUGGGAGGGGGUUCGUGACCGCAUCUCAGAGCACAUGGGCACUUUUUGAGAGGACUAGAAUGGAACCAUUGGUCGAUGCAGACAUCACGAGCUCGAUAUGCUUCCUAACAGGCACGGCGAGUGGCUCGAUUUGUGUCAUUUUUGCUGCUGCUUGGACCUACUCAGAGCACAAAAGCUACACGGCCACUGUUUCCAUGCUCGCCUUCUUCAUCGGCUACCUCAUGACGCGGAUCGGCAUGGCUCUCCCACAUUCGUGCGUGAGCUGUUACUACGUAUGCUAUGCUGAGAAUGCAGGAAACCGCCGCCUCUUUGACGACACCAUCCCCCGCCAGCUUGACGCGAUACAAUCUAGCCGAGACGGUGGCAUGCCCACCCCUCGAUUACCCAGGCGCUUCACAACAUAAGGCUCAUUCCAGUCUAUCCAUCCCAGCACGGGCCAUGGCCCAUGGCCUACCUAUCAGUUUCAAUCAACAGGCAUUCAAUUAUACAUGAACCAAAGUUGUCUACCAGCGCGGUUCUGAUCGAGAUGGAUCGAUGACGUUUGAACUGUCUACUGUGCAAGUUGUGUUACUCUCCACAAUGGAUGGACUAGGCAAGGACUGAUCGAUCGCCAUUGAUGGAUAUCAUGGCCCAUUGAAAGAACGGCAUGCGAUCUACUGGCGGGUAGAAAGAUGGAUGAUUGAAGGAGAGAAUGCAAAGAAGGAAAAUGGACAGCUUUUGGGAUGUGAUUUGUUGUAUUGGUGGUGGACAGAUGAUGCUGGUGGUCCAUGGUGGUAAUGAUGAUGAUGAUGAUGUUGAUAUUGACCACAUGAUCGUUGGAUCCUUUAUUGGGUUUCUCAAUUAUAUCCCAAUGAAGAUUCCUCUCGCCCAGCUACAUAACAAGCUUUCUUUUUCUUGUUCUCUGUAUUAUAUUCCUCCACAGCAAGUGGCUAUUGGCUAUGUUAUUGUUUUUCUCCAUCACCUACUCUUCCUUGCACGGAAGCAUCCUAAGGAGAACCAGUCCUUUCAAUUGGAAUUUACUCUCGGUCA